AUGCUUUGCUCCGACCAGGAUGUCAUCAGCAGGCCAUACUCAACUAAGAGGACGUUUCCCAGAUCGAUUACAGUCAGGACACACGUGUCUGGCAUGAAGUCACUCCUCCCACUCAAACUAUCACCAGUUUCAAGUCCAGAAUUUGGAUUCCCGCCCGCACGCAAUUCCCUUGAGAGAUCAACUCCGAACUCUCGAAAUUCAUGUCACAAAAGUAAACCCUUUUCCGCAAUUGUAAACGUCACAAAUCAGGCCCAUCGGUUUCCCCGACUGCCAUUGAACGUCACUUCAGAGUCUUAUCGCGACGUUCCGGUAUAUAUAGAUGCAAGAUCACCUCUUCCUGGUCCGGUCUACUACCCAACCUCAAGUUUCUGGCUGGAUUGGUCGGACUCUGUUUCAUCAUCUGAUGAAGACUGGGAUGCUGAAUGCAUGAGCCAGAAAUUUGAGAUGUCGCAACCUGAUAGUUUGCGUUGUGGAUCCAUGGGGAUUUUUGGAGGCGCUCAGCAUCCUGUGAAAUCCGAAUAUAUUUCCAUCUCGGCAGAUGAGGCCAAAACUCGCGACUCCGAAUUAUCUUUCCAAUGUUUGGGCGAGAAAUUCCACCCAGACGAAGCGACAUGGUUAAGCACCCCAGCCUACCCAGGAUUAUCAGAACAUCUUCCCGAAAUUCUGGCGCAAAGCAUGCCACCACAGCGUGAUGUUCGAAGUUGGCUUAGUGAAACGGAUAGCAUGAGCGAUAGCGAGGAUAGCGAGGAUAGCGAUCUUGACUCCGAAGCCGAAUCUGCACCUGCUAUAGCGGCUGCCGUCGAUGUGAAUGCAGCCCAUGCUUCUGGGCGCUUGGUUAAAAUUCCUCCUAGGUCAUCGUCCCUUACGAGCACUGGAUCAGUGAUUUUGGACCAUCAUGAUGACGAGACAUGCUUUGCUGAAUCUCACGAUGACGAACAUCGUUCACCCCUCGAUGCCGAGGACUUAGAAACCCGGGGUCACUAUCGUCCAGGGACUCCUUUCCCUAGACUUCACAGGAUAGAGGAGGAUGGGAUGGAGAGCUGGCCGUUCUCCCCUCCACCACACCAAACGAGUCAAGGUGUCCCUCAAGCAGAGAUGUCUCGCUUUCCGGAGGAUAUGCUUACACCGUCGCAUAAAUCGCUAAACCUACGUGUUCCUCGACAGCCACUAAUCUCCGUAUCUCAUUCGAUGAACGAAAUAUUAUCAAUUCUCGGGAAGUCAAAUUUAGACCUUCGAUCUAGCCUCCUACGUGAUUAUUCACCAUGUGUUGCUGCUCUACGCUCGCACCUUCAUCCAAUUCUCACAGUCGAUGCUCGCUACCGCCCCGCAUCCAUACAAUCCACGUCUAGCCAGAAUCAACACCGCCGGACGGCUGUCAGAUUGUCGCCUUUUGCAACUGUCUCUCCUUGUACAAACACUCCCGUAGCGCCUCACCUGCCAGAGGGCUUCGGUGACUUCGAUAGUUACGACGCUUGCUCUCCACCUCUAGACCUCGCACCUUUACAUAGGAUCUUCCCUAGCGCCACCACUGCCAUGGUAUUGGCACUUUACACACACAUACUGGCUUUUAUUUUUCUUGCUCAGUCACGAUCGCCCAAUCCCUCGGUUUCACCACCCGCUUCCACUAUACGCUCUAGUGCUGUUUCGUCCAUAUCUACCAGCACACCCUCAAAAUCAGCCAGCAAGCUAGGGAUUGCCGCUCCCCUAGACGACGCCAAUACCCGCGAAGAUCUUAUCAGCAAUCUUACAUCGGCCUGUCAGCUUGAGGAUUUGGCCGAACAUUUGCGCCAUUAUAUCAAUCGGCUGACAAGGAUUAUGCGAUUAGGAUCGUAUAAUGAUUAUGAUGGUGAUGAUAACGACGAUAUACCUGAGGAUCAUGCCAACGAAUGCUUUAUGCAAGCGUUGGUCGAGGUGGUGACUAAUUGCGAACUACAAACAAUGCGUUCUUGA